GUUACAUUGAGCACAACCUGCCUCUUCAGGCAUCACAUGACGGCGGUGGCUCGGCCACCACCAUUCUACCAUUGAGACCGCGGCCUAUUGACAUCACAGCACCUUGUCAACACUAACCCAUUAGCUGACCUGCAAGAAGUCCAUCAGCCAUGAACUGGACCGGAGGACGUCUCCGACGUCAUUCUGCUAUUCACGCAAAGAGCAGGAAGCAGAAGUUCAAGAAGCAGAGCACAAACACAAACCCCAUGGCUACGGGAGCUGCGCUUCUCGACCUACCAGCGGACUGUCCUCGGCAGGCGCCGGGGGAGGUGAGUAUAUCCCACCAUCGGCACGAGGUCGUGCAGGACAGCUAAUAAUGAGAUUGCACAAGCGUAGCAGGGAAGGUUCUCCAGCCUCCGUCACCG